AUCUAUUGAAUCUUCAAUUUCGAAACGCGUCCGCGCCUCUCUCCUUCUCUCUCUCUCUUGAAUCUCGAAUCUUGUCGACACGAUUUUGAUGAUCUUCAGAUAAACCCAAAAGCAAUUUAUAAUCGUAGAACAGGAGUAAUUCAAUUCUCCAUUUAGAUACUGAAUUUUUGAAGCUAAUUUCACCUUAUCGUUUCUAUUCAUGGCGGCUUACAGAGCCGAUGACGACUAUGAUUAUCUGUUCAAGCUAGUUCUGAUCGGCGACUCUGGUGUCGGCAAAUCGAAUUUGCUGUCCAGGUUUGCUAAGAACGAGUUUAAUCUCGAAUCGAAGUCAACUAUCGGCGUCGAAUUCGCCACCAGAAGUAUUCGUGUUGAUGAUAAAAUUGUCAAGGCUCAGAUUUGGGAUACUGCUGGCCAAGAAAGGUACCGUGCAAUCACAAGUGCAUACUACAGAGGGGCCGUUGGUGCUUUGCUUGUCUACGAUACAUCACGCCAUGUGACCUUUGAGAAUGUUGAAAGAUGGUUAAAAGAGCUCCGAGACCACACCGACUCAAACAUUGUGAUCAUGCUGGUAGGAAACAAGGCAGAUUUGCGUCACUUGCGUGCCGUCCCCACAGAGGAGGCAAAGACGUUUGCCGAGAAGGAAAACACGUAUUUUAUGGAGACAUCGGCUCUGGAGGCCUUGAAUGUCGAAACGGCUUUCACGGAAGUCCUGACACAAAUACAUCAUGUGGUCAGCCGAAAAGCACUCGAUGCAGGGGACGAUCCUUCGGCUCUGCCUAAAGGGCAAUCCAUUAAUGUGGGAUCCAAAGAUGAUGUUUCUGCUGUGAAGAAAGUUGGUUGCUGUUCUGCUUAACAAGAGAAUGGGGAAGUAAAUUUGGAAUGGUGGUUCUUGAAAUGAGUUUGAGCCUGCAAAUUCAUUGAGAAGGAUAUAAAGUAUAAACUGCAGUCUUGAUUCUUGAAGGCAAAGAUGAGGAGGAGGAUACAAAUGAGAAUGAUCCAGUUGGGUUUAAGACUUUUUAAGUAAAAUAUGUGAUUUCUAUGAUUUUUUGUAAUAUUUAAGAGACCCUUUGUUUGACAUUGAAUUGCUUCAUUGUUGCCUUUUCUUUUAGAGUAAAUUACGCUUUCUCCCCUUUGUGCUGUUAAAAAUUGUGAUUGUCGUCCCCAUAAUUUAGAAAUUGCGGUUUUUAUC